CUAAAUAUCAGGGAAGACAGGGAAUGCUGUGUGAAAAUAGCCAAAAGUUCUCAGUAAACUGCAGCCAGCGGGGACUCAGACCAGGACAAAGGUAGAAAGAGCUGGCAGAGUGAGUUUCAUUAGAAGCCUUUCUUUGGACUGAGUCUUUGUUGUUAAUUUACUGGAGUUAUGGACUGAACUGACUGUGUGAAAGCCACAGCAGCACUAGCAUCACAAUAGUGACAAAGAGUUUCGACUAUCACCGUGUAUAUGGGUUCAGAGUAGUUUUGGUUAAAGAGGAUAGAGAGCUCAGCAUAGCCAUCACCUGCGUCUUCAUCUAACUGCAGAAUCAAAAGUUAAGAAACAGCAUCUCCGGGGCACUUGGAGGGGAGGAGAAGGUUAGAGAUGGAUCCAAGCAAUUGUUUCCUUCUGAAAUUGGAAGGGGAACAUUUCACGUACUGCAACACCUCCAAUGGCAGUUUGGAUCUCCCCCAGAGCGACGACUGGCUCCACCCGGGCAUCCUCUAUGUCAUCCCUGUGAUAUAUGGGGUCAUCAUCCUGAUAGGCCUCGUUGGCAACAUCACCCUGAUCAAGAUCUUCUGCACAGUCAAGUCCAUGCGAAAUGUGCCGAACCUGUUCAUCUCCAGUCUGGCUUUGGGAGACUUGCUCCUCCUGGUGACGUGCGCUCCUGUGGAUGCCAGCAGGUACCUGGCCGACAGAUGGCUAUUUGGCAGGAUGGGCUGCAAGCUGAUCCCCUUUGUCCAGCUUACCUCAGUGGGGGUCUCUGUCUUCACACUCACGGCGCUGUCCGCUGACAGGUACAAAGCCAUCGUCCGGCCAAUGGAUAUCCAGGCGUCUCAUGGCCUGAUGAAGAUUUGCCUCAAAGCUGCCUUGAUUUGGAUCAUCUCCAUGCUGCUGGCUAUCCCGGAAGCUGUGUUUUCUGACCUCCAUCCCUUCCACGAGGAAAGCACCAACAAGACCUUCAUUAGCUGUGCCCCAUACCCACAUUCUAACGAGUUGCACCCCAAAAUCCACUCCAUGGCUUCCUUUCUGGUAUUCUACAUCAUCCCACUGUCAAUCAUCUCCGUCUACUACUACUUCAUUGCCAAAAAUCUGAUCCAGAGUGCUUAUAAUCUCCCCGUGGAAGGGAAUAUCCAGGUCAAAAAGCAGAUCGAGUCCCGGAAGCGGCUUGCCAAGACCGUGCUGGUGUUUGUGGGCCUCUUUGCUUUCUGCUGGCUCCCCAACCACAUCAUCUAUCUGUACCGUUCCUACCACUACUCCGAAGUGGACACCUCCAUGCUGCACUUCAUCAGCAGCAUCUGUGCGCGCCUCCUGGCCUUCACCAACUCCUGCGUGAACCCAUUUGCUCUCUACUUGCUGAGCAAGAGUUUCAGGAAGCAGUUCAACACUCAGCUUCUCUGUUGCCAGCCUGGCCUGAUGAACCGGUCCCACAGCACUGGCAGAAGUACUACCUGUAUGACCUCGAUCAAGAGCACCAACCCUUCGGUGGCUACCUUCAGCCUCAUCAAUGGGAACAUCUGCCACGAGGGGUACGUGUAGACCAGCCUUUGACCGUGGCCCCUCAGUUUGCUCUAUGGCAGGCCAGGACCCCUAAGUCCGUUGUCUUUAUCCCCUCUAAAGACCUUUUCAGAAGGCUCAGGAGUGGUGCAGGUGGGUGGGAGAAGCCCAAGGGGAUCACUAUUGUGUUUCCCCUUUCAUAAGCCUCACAAGUAAGGCGUACGUUCCCCUGUGAAUGCUUCUGAUGGAGAAGAGAAAAGGGAACAAAUUGGAAAUUAGUACUUUAAGCAUCAAGUUCACAUACUGUAUACAACCUUGACCAAUUAAAUCAUAGAUGCUAUAUGAGCAACUCGCUUUGUAUCGCAAAGCAACCAUGCAUUGACUACUUUGUGAAAGAUGCCACCUUGUCAUUGCUUUAAGUAAAAGCUAAUACUUUAAAAAUAUGACUUGACGCCUUUUUCGGGAAUAGCAUUGUACAUAAACUGAGAAGCAACUUUCAUUUGCAUUCCUAACGUGAAAGUCAAUUCUUUGAAAGAGCCUCGUGUCUGAGAAGCAGUCCCCAAAUUUAUAAUAAUGGAAGCUAGUUUAAUGUAAGACAAAUCUCUAAACAUUGAUUUUUUAAAAAUGUGACCAAGGAUGCAAAAGAAAUACUCAAUACAAAAUAUUGAGGCAAAAAUACAACCAAAUGCAUAGCCACAUACAUAAAGAUCCACGUGUGGCUGUAAGGUACUAUCUCUCACUUUUCUUUUUUAUUCAUUAAGUUUAUUGGUACAUUUUAAAUUCUUAUUCCUUGAAGUCCUGAGUGCUAUAACCCAAUUUUAAUCAUCAUGGUGCCAUUUUAUCAUAGAAGAAAAAUCCUUUAAGGAAAAAAAAAAAACUAGAUCAUGCAAUCAAUUCACCAAAUAUUUAUGAGUGCAUAAAGGAUAGUAUUUCUUCUUGGUGUACAGGUUUUGAGCCAAGUGUGUUUACUUAGAUUUGACUAUCUUUGUCUACUAUGUUGAAGCACUGAUUUUAACAUAAGAAAAAAGGGAUCCUGUCUGAAUGGAGAUAGGAACAUAUUUACAUUGAAGCUGUGCUUCCCCUAACGUUUAUUGGAGAAAAUGAACACAAUUUCAAUAACAUGUGUCUCUGUCUAAAUAUGUCUAAGAAAGGUGUGAGGGGCUUCAUUUUAAGAAUUGAUUAAAAAACAGGUACAGAUUUAUUUCUACUUAAAAAGAGUGAACGCAAAAUAACCUCUGGGCAGAAAAAGACUGGGCUGAAAUGUUUUCCUUUUCCAAGUGAGUAAAAUUGGCUCUAAAAGGGUUCAGAAGCCCUGAUUCACAUUUUUCUUGACUCAAAGGUGGGGCACAUUCUGACAGAUUGCAAACCUACAGAAUCUUUUUUUUUUUUUUU